GUAUAUUCCUCCCCAGCAGUACGUACCUCCCCAGGCGUAUCCUCAAACCGCUUACGCCCCCCAGAUGCCGUACCAGGCGUAUCCUGGCAUAUACAAUAUGCCCCGUUUUUGGAUUAAGAAAACGAAACGAAUAGUUCCACCUUCUGACGUGAUGAAAGCCGCAGUGGAAGAAGUUCUUGGAGGAGCUAAAUUACGCGCAACUGCAAGGAAAUAUGACAUAGACAAACAAACGCUGAGCAGAUAUCAUGACGAUCUUUUUUCAACAAGCAACAAACAAAAAUCUUCACAGAAAUCUGCAACACCACCACAGUCUUCUUCAAGUGAUGAAGAGGAACAAAGCGAGUUGGGCGGAAGCAGCGAAGAUAUUUCAGAUGUUGAAAGCUACUAA